CGAUGACUUACCAGUGAACAGUCAUAGUGCGGAUACUCGGUGACUGGAUUUGUGCCUGAGGCUGUGGCGGAGCCGACGCAGUCACGAUGAGUCGAAUCCACGGAUGGCGCUAGUCUCGAGCGGGAUGAUGUCGCCGCUCAUAAAAGCUCCCCGCUUCACACAACUUUUUGCGCCCACAAACAACUGCUUCUCCACAGCCCGCUACCACCACCUUUCUCUCUCAAGCCCUCCUCGCAACCCUUACAAACAGAAGCAUAUAUCACUACUCGCGGAGACCCAAGCAUCAUGGCGGUCCGCGCACAGUUCGAGAAUUCCAACGAAGUUGGUGUCUUUGCGACUCUUACGAAUGCGUAUGCGAUUGUUGCAGUAGGAGCUUCGGAGAACUUUUACAGUGUCUUUGAAGCGGAACUCCAAGACGUCAUACCGAUUUGCCAUGCUACGAUAGCAGGCACUAGAAUAGUGGGACGGUUGACAGCUGGCAACAAGAAGGGCCUCCUAGUCCCCACCACAACCACCGACCAAGAACUCCAGCACCUCCGCAAUUCAAUACCCGACGCCGUCAAAAUCCAGCGAAUAGAAGAGAGGUUAUCGGCCCUGGGCAACGUGAUAUGUUGCAACGACCACGUCGCCCUCGUGCACCCAGACAUCGAGAGAGAAACCGAGGAGAUAAUAGCAGAUGUGCUGGGCGUGGAGGUCUUCCGGCAGACGAUUGCGGAUAACGUGCUUACGGGCUCUUAUAUGGCGCUGAGCAAUCAGGGCGGCAUCGUGCACCCGAAGACUUCGAUUCAGGAUCAAGAUGAGCUGUCGAGCUUGCUGCAGGUGCCACUUGUGGCGGGAAGCGUGAACCGGGGGAGCGCGGUGGUGGGCGCGGGAAUGGUGGUUAAUGACUGGAUGGCAGUAACUGGUCUCGAUACUACAGCCACGGAGCUCUCUGUCGUCGAAUCCGUCUUCCGGCUCGGCGAGGGCAACGGCCCCAGUGCGAUUAACACGACCCACAAAGAUGCGAUGGUUGAAUCCUUCUACUAAAUCAGAUCUCUCAGCACAGCAAUAUCGGUACAGGAUAUCUCCCCGCUAUAUGGUUCUCCAGCGGAUAGAGAGGCUCGGCGCACGGCGCCCGGAGAAAAAGGAGCUGGAAAAACUGGAUGCAUGUGGAAAUCCAUGGCCCUUCUGAUGUAGAAAAUGCAAGAUACCAUGAUCGCAAAAGCCUUCCUAUGCAUAAAUGGGAC